CAGCCGCCGCCGCCGCCGCCGCGCGAGGAGCCAGGAUGGUCCUGGUCCACGUCGGCUAUCUCGUGCUUCCAGUGUUUGGCUCUGUGCGAAACAGAGGUGCCCCCUUUCAAAGGUCUCAGCUUCCUCACGCUACCUCCUGCCGUCACUUCCACCUGGGCCCCCCGCAGCCGCAGCAGCUCGCUCCCGACUUCCCCCUGGCCCACCCCGUGCAGUCGCAGCCGGGCCUCAGCGCCCACAUGGCCCCGGCCCACCAGCACAGCGGCGCCCUGCACCAGUCGCUGACCCCGCUGCCCACCCUGCAGUUCCAGGACGUCACAGGUCCCUCCUUCCUACCUCAGGCCCUGCACCAGCAAUACCUCCUGCAGCAGCAGCUCCUGGAAGCCCAGCACCGCCGGCUCGUCUCGCACCCCAGGCGGAGUCAGGAGCGCGUGUCUGUCCAUCCCCACCGCCUCCACCCCAGCUUCGAUUUCGGCCACCAACUACAGACACCUCAGCCCAGGUAUUUGGCUGAGGGCACUGACUGGGAUCUCAGUGUGGACGCCGGCUUGAGUUCUGCUCAGUUCCAGGUGCGGCCCGUCCCUCAGCACUAUCAGCAUUACCUAGCAACUCUUCGAAUGCACCAUUUUCCCCGAAACUCCUCCUCCACACAGAUGGUCGUCCACGAAAUCCGAAACUACCCUUACCCUCAGCUUCACUUCCUUGCUCUCCAGGGACUGAACCCCAGCAGACACACCUCCGCUGUGCGGGAGAGCUAUGAGGAGCUGCUGCAGCUUGAGGACAGGCUGGGAAACGUGACUCGGGGAGCAGUGCAGAAUACCAUCGAGAGGUUCACCUUCCCCCACAAGUACAAGAAGCGAAGACCCCAGGAUGGGAAGGGCAAGAAGGAGGAGGGGGAGGAGUCAGACACCGAUGAGAAAUGCACGAUCUGCCUGUCCCUGCUGGAAGAUGGAGAAGAUGUGAGGCGCCUCCCCUGUAUGCAUCUCUUUCAUCAACUGUGUGUGGACCAGUGGCUCGCCAUGAGCAAGAAAUGCCCCAUCUGCCGAGUGGACAUUGAGACACAACUGGGAGCCGACAGCUGAGGGAGGAAUCAGCCAGUGGACACCCCAUUUUCCUUCACCAGGUCCCCCCACGGCCAUAGCCCUUGCAGCCAAACUUUGCCUUCUGAGCCAUUUGAUGUAGAGGAAAAGCCUGCAAGCACAUUUUUGUGGAAAGAGGAGUUGGUGGUAAUCCGUAUCCGAGGAAAGGAGGUGGUGGGGGGAGGCCCGCCCAUGCAGAGUGGUGACUGCCCCGUCCCUCCGUCCGUCCAUCCGUCAUCCGUCCACCUGCUGCGCGGGAGGGAGGGAGCUGGCGUUGCCCGGAACAGGGGUGGGAAGGGGGGGCCACGCUGCUGAGAGUCUAGAGGCGGUCUUGCAGGUCCCAGCUGACAGCCCGGCCCCUCGAUCCUGUCCUUCAAAGGAUUGUAUAUAUACCUCUCGACCACGUAGAAACCAUGUAGGGGUCUCUAGCUAUUUCUGUGGAUGGCAGCCAGAGCAUGUUAGCUUCAGAAAAAAAAUGUCCUGUGUGGUGCUCCAGUCAUCUGUGGUGGACAUGUCGCUGUUACCGAAUCCGCACCAAAUAUUUCUCAUUGAGUUUCUUGUUUUGGUGCCUGACUGAACCAACCAACGACAGCCCAAAAUCUUCCCGUCUUUACGAGAGAAAAGGAAAAAAAAAAAAAA